GUCAGUUGCAAAAGUGACAGCGGCCGAGAAAGUGGUGAUCGUGCAAGCUUUUAGCGCGGCGUAAAUCUGUACACAUCUAUCAAAAAUCCAAUCCAAGUCUAUAGUAAAUAUAAAGAUAGCGAUAGCGAGUGUUUGUAAAAUAAAAUAUGGUUGGGCAGCAACUGAAUAAAAAAUUGGAUGAAUUGGAACAAUGGUUCAAAGAAAAUCCAAAAUUACCGCAAGAAAUUGAUCGCAUUCUCUUACGGCGCUUUCUUAAAUGCAUGUACAACAAUGUGGAGGAAACCAAAAAAAUUAUUGAAUUAAAUUUUUCAAUACGAAAUAAGAACCAACAUAUAUUUCUUCACCGUGAUCCCGACGAUGAAGCUGUCAAAGCCAUACGAGAUGUAGUAGAAAUGGUACCACUACCGGGUCUGACACCAGAAGGUUAUAAGUUAUUAUUAUUUAGGCUAUCAGAUAUAGAUCCGAAAAAGUUAAAUAGCGUCAUCGAGUGCAAAGCCUUUUUUAUGCUAGCUGACUGUCGUUAUUCUGAGCUCGACAUCGACAAACCGCAAACACAAAAGACAGAGAAAUCGAAAGAUGACAGUCAGACGGAGGAAACAAGUGAAAUCGAAGAUGACUCGCUGCAAGAUGAUUCAAUAUCAAAUGGUGAAGUACAGAUAUGUGAUAUAGGUGAUUACACUUUAUCGCACAUGGCACGCAUUUCCUUUACGACAUUGCGUAUGUAUAUGAAUUUUCUUCAAGAGGCGUAUCCAGUACGUUUACGCGCAAUGCAUAUCAUAAAUUGUCCGCCAUUUUUAAACAAAAUGGUGUCUAUUGUAAAGCCUUUUAUUCACGAGGAUGUCUUUAAAAUGAUCCAUUUUCACACUGAAGGCAUGGACAGUUUGUAUGAGAAAGUUCCGCGUCAUAUGUUACCGAACGAAUAUGGCGGCAAUGCCGGUGAUAUAACGGAUCUGAAGAAAAUAUGGACAGAUAAAUUAAAAGUUAAAAGAGAUUACCUAAUGGAUGAAAGGCAUUGGAAAAUGGAUCCAGCACAGAAUUCGCGACGUUGGUAUUUGUUUUGAAAAUUUUCAAAUCCACAGAAUCAUUAUUAUCUAAAACUCUUUGGAGAGUGUUUUCCGAUUUAUAGCCAUUUGAUGUGAUAUGUUGUAAAAAAUGAAAUGCUUAGGUAAAUUUAUAUGGGAGUAUGCAGAGUAAAUUGUAUAAGGACUUUU